AAAAAAGAAAGUUGACAUUUAAGUAGGCCACCAUUUUGUUAAUGGCGUAGUAUUUAAAAAAAAGGUUAUUAGAAAAACGCGUUGAACUUCUCUAUUGGAGGAUAUGGUAAUUUGUUUGGAGAACGAAAUAUAAAGUCUAAUCAUACAAAAUGAACAGAGGAGACCAACCUAGUUUUGAGUGCAAAGACGAUGAGAUACAAUAUUGGAAAAACUUGGCUGAAAGAUAUUAUGAAGACCUGGAACGAUUAACAAAAGAAUCUGACGAGUUUAUAGGUGAAUCCCAACAAUUAGAAAAGGAGUAUGAGGCAACUAUAGAUCAGAAUGAAAAGAAAAUCAAAGAACUGACAAUAGCAAAUAAUAGAAUGCAAAAUGAAUUAGAUGCCUGUAGAUUAAAACUAGAUCAAUCUAAUAAAGAAAUCACGAACCUGGAGAAAGAAAUAUCAACCUUAAAAUCGGAAAAGACACAAAUGACCCAAUACAUCAGGGACCUUGAGCAAAAGAAUGACGACUUGGAAAGAUCUCGACGAAUUAUUGAAGAAAGUAUUGCUGGAAUAGAAUCAGCAUUUAAUACUGCAAUAGAGAGGAACGCCAUAUUAGAAUCAGAAGUUGAUGAAAAGGAAACGUUGAAAGAAAAAUUACAGAGACUUUUAGAUGAAAGGAGAGAGUUACAAGAAGAACUGAUGGUGAAAGAAAAAUGUCCGGACAACGAACGAAUAAUGAACGGAUACAAAACGCCGCCCGUUGUGGAUUCGAAUCGACUUAAGGAGAACGAAACGCAGACGACGCCAGUCAAACAUGAAUUUCAAACACCAAUUUCACCUGCAUCGAGGGUGAUGGCUUUGAAUUUAGUUAGUGAUCUAAUUAGAAAAGUUGGCCUGUCUAGAUUCCUGUGUGCCAAAUGCGGUCAGGUCAAGUGCACCGUUUGCCUGGCCGAACCUCCUGAUCCGCCAACCGCUAAUCACAAAAUCAACGUACCAAGGACUUAGAACGCAGACUCGAGAAAAACAAAUACGACUACAGCAGAGAUAUAUCCACUAACGAUCUUCGUAGUAGGAGCCGCCAUUCGACAAAGAACAGUCCAGCAGCUAGCCUCCAUGGAUUUUCCAAAUGAGAUUUACUAAUGAACAGUUUAGAUUUGGUUUUGGCACCCAUUUAACUCCUUUAUAAUUUAUAGCAAAAUAAUCAAUAGUUCGGGUGGACAUUGUUCCAGGUACGACUGACUUAAAAAUGAAUGCAAUUGACAGAAACAAGAUCUCCUUCAUAUUUGUGAUAGCUAUAGUUCGUGGGUUAUUUUAAUUAGUUUUUUUUUCUGGGGAUCUACAAAUACUGUACAAAAUUUAAACAGGUUACAAAAUUCAUUGCUCAAUUAUAAUUUAUUCCGCGCACAGUAUUAAUUUUUUAUUGGAUCGAAAUUAAUCCAACUCUAAUUAAAUAAAUCUACAAAAUAAUGAUUCUCUUUUUUAUAUCAAUACAAGUAUUGCAAUAUUAUUAUCAAAUGUUGAUAUUUUUACUUUGUCGAACAUGUUUCUAGUCAUCCAAGAAUCUAUGACAACCAAAAGUGAUAAAAUACUGUAAUACCUUGCCUUUUAUAGUUAAACGUGAUUUUUUUACAAGCCAUGUGAUAAAUUUAGGAAACGUGAAUCUUUUGUAAAUUUUAAGUCAGCAGUUCCUCAGACAUUGUGUUCUCGUUACGGAUUAAUUGUUUAGUUUAGUUCAUUGUGUAAUCCUUUGCAAUUCCUUUAAUAUGAUGUAAAUAUUACUGAGAAUGAAGAAUGUGAUUGAAUAAUUCCUUUUUUAUGUCACUGUUGUGUGACAUAAACAAAGUCGGUGAAC